UUACAGCGGAGCUGCAGUCCGAGGAGCCGUGAGGAGGAGUCCGCUUCUUCUUCUUCGCAGCAGCAGACACAGAAAACACACACUCCUGCCGUUAAAAACUAGACGUGUGUUUGUGUGUGUGCUGGCGUCGUCGCGAGUUACACCUGAGCCCGGGCAUGUAGUGAACCGGGUUCCUGUGCGUGGGAAGGACGAAGGAAAGCCGCUUGCCUACUUACUUGUCGUGGGAAUAUUGUUGGACCAAACUUCGGCAGCGGCCGCGGCGGGUGAAGCUCUCGGUCAUUUCGCCUGCAGUUUGCUUCGCCCAGAGCGGUUUCCUCGUCAGGAUGUAAAUGUGGGAACUUUUUUUUGGGGAGGACCGGCGUCAGUGAGGACGAGUUUUAUUUUCUAACUUUCGAAAUCUUUGGGGAAUAUAGCGAGAAAACGCGGCUGAACGGUGAGAUAUCAGCGGCAGACUCGGAGGUAGAAACCACACGUCUGAUGUUCUUAUAAACACAAACAAGGCAUGAAGGCCAACAGGCUGUCGGUGUUCAGAGUACUCAGAGGAGAGGAGAGCGAGGCGGUUCAUGUCAUCAGAGCUCGACAGGCCUGAGCGCUGAACAGGAGACUGAGGUGGUUCAUGUCAUCAGAGAUCAACAGGCCUGAACGCUGAACAGACAUGAUGGAGCGGUGGUGGGUGUGGCGGUGUGUCCUGGUUGCCCUGGCAACAAUUCACCUCAGCCCCUCCCACGGCAAAAACGCAGAGUUCCUCUCUGACACUCUGAUCAACAACGUGGUGGCCAAUCCCAGUACGGGCAGGCUGUACGUCGGCGCCGUCAACGCCCUCUACCAGCUGACCCCCGACCUCGAGGUCGACUCCCGCACCGAGACGGGCCCCAAACGGGACAACAGGCAGUGCACGCCGCCCGUCACUGACGCCUGCGAGGAGGCCGUGGACACCGACAACCACAACAAGCUGCUGCUGAUCCACGAGGCCAGAGACGUGCUGGUGGUCUGCGGCAGCGUCUUCAGGGGCAUCUGCUCCCUGAGGAACCUGAGCAACGUGGAGCAUCUGCUGUACUUCAGCGACACCAAAGGAGAGAAGUCGUACGUGGCGAGCGCCGAGGAGAGCGUGUCUGUGGUGGGAGUGAUGUCCUACUUCACCAAGGAUAAAGACAACUUCACCGUGUUCCUGGUUGGGAAGGGGUACGGCAGCCAUGACAGCACCAAGCUGAUCUCCACCCGCAUCCUCCAGGACUACGGUGAUUGGGUGGUUUUCGACAGCAUCAUCGAGGCCUCGGCGGUCCAGGCCAACCCUUUCGUCCUCCGUUACCUCCACGACUUCCGCUUCGCCUUCAAAGACGGUGGCUUCGUGUACUUCCUGUUCUCGCGGACGCUCGGGGUGCAGGACACCAAGAACUUCACCUUCAUCUCCAGGAUGUGCGAGAACGAUCAGGGUUAUUACUCCUACACCGAGCUGCAGCUCAACUGCAGCGCCACCAACAAGUACAACAAGGUUCAGGCUGCCUAUGUCGCAGAACCAGGUGAUGUUCUGGCUCUGUAUAUGACCACAUCGGGCCGGUAUGGACCAGUUUUAGCCAGUGACAAGGUUCUGUUUGUCACCUUCACUUCUGAUGAAGACCCGUCUACUUCAGCCAUGUGUAUGUACCCUCUGCGCUCUAUUAAUAAGAGGCUGGUGGAGAUAAUAGGAGCCUGUUACAGCGACAGCGGCAUCAUUAACGAGAAGGCUGCUGUCUACUCGCCUUACUCCUCCAAGUCUGAAGAGCUGUGCAUCAGCAAUAAUCAGAAUAACAUGGCCAAGUUCAAAUGUGGAGAAGAGUUCCUGCCCUCCCCACUGGCCAGCAAGGCUGAGUUCGCCUUGACCUCAGAGCCCUCGUUGGUCCGUAAGGGUCACAUGACGGCUGUGGCUGUGGCUGUGGAAAUGGGGCACGCUGUGGCGUUCCUGGGCACCGCCACAGGAGAGGUGCUGAAGGUGCAUCUGUCGGCCCAUCCCGAGGUGUACGGGCGAGUGCCGGGCGAAGUCACGGGAGACAAGGUCAACAAGAACCUGCUGUUCGACUCCAGCCACCAACACCUGUACAUCACCACCGAGAAAAAGAUCACCAAGGUUCCGGUCCAGGCCUGCCACCUGAAGACAGACUGCCACUCCUGCGUCUCUAUGAAGGACCCGUACUGUGGCUGGUGUGUCCUGGAGGGAAAGUGCACCAAGAAGCAGGACUGCAGUCGGUCGAUGGAGAAAAACACCUGGCUGUGGUCACCCGAUCAGCAGUGUGUUCAGAUCCAGUCCUUCAUCCCGCCAAACCUCAGCUGCAAGAAGACACAGCAGGUGGACAUCAACAUACCCACCCUGCCCAGGCUGAGGCCGUCUGACUCCCUGCAGUGUGUUUUCGACACUUUCACCACCAGAGCCGUGAUGAGCGUGGACGGUCAGAGGCAGGUCACGUGCUCGCUGCCCAGCCCCGAGGAAAUCCCGCCCACUCCCGACCAGCAGGACUAUGUGUCUGUCCCAGUCAAGGUUCUGGUAAACAACAAAAUCGAGGUGACAUCAGGAGAGUAUCACUUCUACAACUGUGCCGCUACAGUCAGGAAGAACCAAAACACACCGUGUAUAGCGUGUGUGACCAGUGAGUGGGGAUGUCAGUGGAACGCUCAGGAUCACAGCUGCAGUGACAGCGAUGAUUCUGUAGGAGGAAAUCUCAUCGUCAAACCACAGCAGCCUGACGGUUGCCCACAGUUCGAGUCUCCAGAGCCGCAGUUGAUCCCUGUGGGUUUUAAGAUUCCUAUCAGCUUCCAGGGAAGAAACCUGGACUUCUACAUGGAUCAGACGUUAGCCAUCGGGACGGAGCUGAUGAAGCAUGUGGAGGAGGAGGUCAUACAGGAGCCGGGGUCAAAGUUCAGAUUCACAGGUUAUGAGUUUGCCUAUGACAAGCAGCAGGAGGUGAACGUAUCCUUCCACAUCAAAGACAGAGACACUGAGAGGAAGAUUGACAGCACCCUGACAGUCGUGCUGUAUAACUGCUCAGUGGGAAGAGAAGACUGCAGCCUGUGUAAACACGCCGACGCCAAGUACCAGUGUGUCUGGUGCGCCACCUCACGCACCUGUGUUUACCAGGGACUGUGCCCGUCGCCGCAGCCUGAGCAGUGCCCCAACCCGGAGAUCACUGAUAUCAUCCCUCACUUCGGCCCUCUCAACGGUCGGAUCUCAGUGACCAUCAAAGGCUCCAACAUGGGAAUAAAGAAGGAAGACAUCAGGAAGAUCACGGUGGCCGGAGUGGACUGUCUUCACCAGGGGGACAGAUACUCCGUCUCCACCAGUGUGGUGUGUGAGAUCGGCCCGGCGAGGCGACUUCCACCGUCCGACCUCCCGGUUGAACCGUCCAACAGUGGACCAGUGGAGAUAGAAGUCGAAGGAGGGAGACGUGGGACCUCUCAGGUCAUGUUCAUCUAUCGGGAUCCCAAACCAAUGUCCGUCCACCCAGGGAAGGGUCCAGCAGCCGGAGGAACCAUGAUCACCAUCGAAGGCGAAGACCUCGACACGGCGACUAAAGACGACAUCGCCGUCACUGUGGGGGGAGUUCCCUGUGACGUCCUGUCGUUCGGCACAAAGAUCACCUGUAAGACCGGCAGGUAUCGGGGGCAGAAGGUGCCCUCUGACCCACUAACAGUGACGGUGAAAUAUGGAAGAAACACCACCAAAGACGUCCCAGCAGCAUACCAGUACUCUGAAAACCCCAAGGUCUCAGACUAUUACCCCAAAGCCAGCUUCGUAUGUGGUGGUCGAAGGAUUGUGGUGGUGGGAAAUGGUUUUGACCUGAUCCAGAAAGCCACAAUGAAAGUCCUGCCGUCUGCUGACGAAUUUUCACAGGCCACCGCUCCUGUAGAGUUUGUGCAGGACACCCUGAGUAAGAACGACACUGUCCUGCAGUUCUACUCUCCGUCGGUGAACAGAUCCCUCGACAUCCAGUCUCUCAGGACCAUUCUGCAGCUGGACAACGUGAUGGAGGAGCUGAAGAACUUCGACUAUCACCCCGACCCCAGCUUCAACGAGCUCGCCAAGAACGUCAUCACCGAGACCAGCAUCAUCAUCGUGACUGGUCGAGGUUUCUCCAAGGCGAUGACCGCCAAAGAGGCUCAGGCGUUUGUUGGAGAUGCUUCCUGUCACGUUAACAUACUGCAGGAUGAUAAGUUGAUCCUGGAGGCUCCUUCAUCACAGCCCAGAGCCAGGUCCAAACGCCACCGCAGAGACACGACCAACGACCUGCUGGAGCUAGUGGUGAAGUUUGGUCAUGGCGAGUGGUUAGUGGGUUCAGUCUACUACGCCAGAAAAGACGACAUUCCUCUGGCUAUAAUCAUCCCUGCGGUUCUCGUACCGAUGCUGCUCUUCAUCGCCGUGUCCGUCUACUGCUACAGGAGGAAGAGUCAGCAGGCGGAGCGAGAAUACGAGAAGGUCAAACACCAGCUGGAGAAUCUGGAGGAAAGCGUCAGAGAUCGCUGCAAGAAAGAGUUCACAGAUCUGAUGAUUGAAAUGGAGGACCACACCAGCGACCUGAGCGAGGCCCGGAUCCCCUUCCUGGACUACAAAACCUACACCGACCGAAACUUCUUCCUGCCCUCCAAGGACGGCGCCAACGACACCAUGAUCACAGGAAAAAUACAGAUCCCAGAAGCCCGCAGGGCCAUCGUGGCUCAGGCGCUCAACCAGUUCUCCAACCUGCUGAACAGUAAAACCUUUCUCAUCAACUUCAUCCACACGUUGGAGAGUCGGCCGGACUUCAGCGCCCGGGCUCGGGGUUACUUUGCCUCCCUGCUGACGGUGGCGCUGCACGGAAAGCUGGAGUAUUACACAGACAUCAUGAGGACGCUGCUGCUGGAGCUGAUGGACGAACACGUGCAGAGCAAAAACCCCAAACUCAUGCUGAGGAGGUCAGAGACGGUGGUGGAGAGGAUGCUUUGUAAUUGGAUGUCCAUCUGUCUCUAUCAGUUCCUCAGGGACACAGCUGGAGAACCUUUAUACAAACUGUUCAAGGCCUUGAAGCACCAGGUGGAGAAGGGGCCAGUGGACGCCAAGAUGAAGAAAGCCAAAUACACACUGAACGAUACGGGACUGCUGGGGGACGACGUCGAGUACUCUGUACUGACUCUGCAGGUGCUGGUGCACGGGGAGGGACCAGAUGUGACUCCAGUCAAGGUGUUGAACUGUGACACCAUCUCCCAGGUGAAAGAGAAGAUCAUCGAUCAGGUCUACAGGAACCUGCCGUACUCACAGAGACCGAAGGUGGAGAGUGUCGCCCUGGAGUGGCGUCCUGGCUCCACGGGUCAGAUCCUGUCUGACCUUGACCUGACCUCCCAGAAGGAGGGACGCUGGAAGAGACUCAACACGCUGGCUCAUUACAAUGUUCGGGAUAACGCCACAUUGGUUCUGUCCAGAGUUUUGCACACACAGUCUUUCCACCAGCACCAAGACAGCCAUGAAGAGAAAAACGCCCUGCUGGAGGACGACAACACCUUCCACCUGGUGAGACCGGCAGAUGAAAUCGAUGAAGUGAAGUCAAAGAGAGGCAGCAUGAAGGACAAGGCCAUGACCAAAGCCAUCACUGAGAUCUACCUGACCAGGCUGCUCUCUGUCAAGGGCACUUUGCAGCAGUUUGUGGACGACUUCUUCCGCAGCGUGUUGUGCUCGAGCUCCGUCGUCCCUCCUGCCGUCAAAUACUUCUUCGACUUCCUGGACGAACAGGCGCUGAGACACGACAACGUAGACGAGGAGACGCUGCACAUCUGGAAGACCAACAGCUUGCCUCUGCGGUUUUGGGUGAACAUCCUGAGGAACCCCCACUUCAUCCUCGACGUCCACGUGACGGAGGUGGUGGACGCGUCGCUGCACGUCAUCGCUCAGACCUUCAUGGACGCCUGCACCAAGACGGAGCACAAACUCAGCAGAGAGUCUCCCAGCAACAAGCUGCUCUAUGCAAAAGAGAUUUCCACGUACAAGAAGAUGGUGGACGAUUACUACAAGGGCAUCAGACAAAUGGUUCCAGUCAGUGACCAGGACAUGAAUACACACCUCGCUGAGGUGUCCAGGCAACACACAGACAAGCUGAACACCCAGGUGGCCUUACAUCAGCUGUACCAGUAUGCCAGCAAGUACUAUGAUGUGAUCAUUCAGUCGCUGGACGAGGACCCAGCAGCCCAAAAUAAACAGCUCACCCUACGCCUCCAACAGAUCGCUGCCGCCCUGGAGAACAAAGUCACUGACCUUUGACCUCUGACCUCUUGGAGGGGUCAGGGUGUCAGGAGUUAAUGGCUACUAAAACACAGGAUUUUGUUUCCCAUUUAAGGACUCAAAAGAGGAGGAGCUGCAGACUCUACCAAAUGUUUGACCAUGUAAGGACAAAAGUGGGAGGGGUUAAUGGAGCGACAGGAAGCCUUUGACCGUAUAAGUACUGAAGGGGAGGAGUUAUGGGACUCCAGGAAGGGUGAGGAGUGGAGAUUAUCGACAAAUGGAGUGUUAAAAUAUGCUCAGAGUGGUGGAAACUGAAGAGCUGGUGUCUGCUGCAGUUGUAUAGCGUACUUCUAUGUGGCAUCCCAAAACAAACACCACGGAGGGAUGCAAAAUGGCGACCAGAAUAUGGCUGCAGAUGGAAGCUCUGUGAAAUCAAAGGGUUAUUUUUAUAAUGGUAGCUACGGCGUUCAGUUUGUGUAAUCCUCGGACUUGGCUGGACAGUGUUUCUGUGUUUUGCUUCUGUACGCCACAAAUUUUUAAUUUUACCGUAUAAGGACUAAAGACAAAAAAAGUGCCACACAAGGAAUGAGGAUUGAGGAUUUUUGGAUAACUGAAGAAUAUAAGCAAAGUAAAGAAACAUCAUUACCAAGUAUUUUCUUUUUGCCACUAAGCCCAUUUGGAAUUGGGAUUGCACAGUUUCAGGACACUUUGUGACCACUUUUUCCGUCUAUAAACUGUAGACUUCAGUUUGAUUUGCCUCUUAACUGCUGAUCUGAGGUCAGUUUGUCUGUCUCCAUAUUAAAUGGUAACUGGGAAAUCUGAUCUCUUGUCAGCAACAGAGAACAGUUUUCAUCCUGAAGCUUGAAAAUGCUUGGAUGAACUUUUACCUUCCAGCAAAUAAAAAUAAUCAACCAAUGAAAACCCACUACGGUACAUACCACUGACCAACCAGGGGUCUCGGUUUGGUCUUGAUGGCACAAAUGAGGAGAGUGAAUUCAGGGUACGAUGAGUGAAGUUAAACCCAAAAAUCAAACCACAGCUUAGGCUUUUCUUGUAUCAUGGCCAAAUUAUAUCAGAUUAGUUGCAGUAUGUGUUUCUGUGCUGAUGACACUGUGCUGCUGACUCGAAUCACAGCUGAAUUAUUUCAUGCUGUUUAGUUUUAGUAUUAGUCUUUGUGUGCAGGCUUUAAGCAGAGGCUUUGCGUUUCCAUAUACAACAUGAAACUUAUCUUUUUUAUGGACUGAUACGGCGCCACUUAGUCUUUGCUUUUCUUAAGUGUUAAUCAGGGUGGUCCACACUGUCAUAUCCUGUGCAUAAGUAUGUGGUAAGUGAGGACCAGCUUGUUUUUAAUGGUAUGUGAAAAAUCAUGACUGCGUAAUCAUGUGGUCUAAACAGCCAAACACUUUAAAUGAGAUUUGUUUUUGUUUUUAUACUUCUGUGUGAUUUGACUUCUUUUGUAAUACUCCCUUCAUAGAUAUUUCUGCAUUUUUUUUUCUGCUUUAUCUGCACACAUAAGAGGAAAUUAAGUGUCUUUUGAAGACAGGGUAUACAUGGAUUUCUCAGAUAUGCUUAAAAUAAAUCUAGAAUUAAGGUGUUAAAGUGUUAAAAUGUAUUCAGUCCAGUUAUUACAGGCCCUAUUCCUCCAUCAUUCAUUGCCAGUGUUGUUAGCAAGAGGAUUAAAAAACGUUCAGUCUGUUUUACUAGACACAGUUUGACAUCAUUUUGCUUGAUUUCACCAGGGUAAUACAGCCAGUACAUGCUUUUAAAACACAGCCAGAAAUAUGCAUGUCUCCAAACAAGUAAUUGUUCCUCUCAUGUCAUGGAAGAGUUAAAAUGCAUAAAACCAAGUCAAACUAAAUAAUUAAAUACAGUUUUUUCAUGUUGCAUGGAAUUUCUUUUGCAAUUAAAAACAAUUAAUUUAGUCAUUAAAGAGAAAAAGCUAAAUCAUUGUUCAUUUAACAUGGUUUUUAAUUGAAUAAUGACAGUAAUUGCAUACAUAAAGGAAAUACACAUUUACUGUAUUUAACUAUUUCUUUGUUUUUAUUUAUGUAUUUUAAGUCUCCCAUGUUAUCUAAUGAAGAAAAUACCAGCACUCUGCUGUCUCAUUCAUUCCACAUCGACAUGACAAGAAAAGUCAAAUAUUUUUCACAGAAUUUUUUUUUUCCCCACACACCUGCAAAGACUCUGUGGAUAUGCAUGUGCCUCCUGAUAACUGCCUUCUCCUUCUCCUUAUUCUGUCCAUUAAAUGUUUCAUAAUGUUUGUGAGGUUUAUUUAAUCAGAAAUAGGCUGUUUUAGUUUUGUUCCUGGCUUAAUGAACCUUGCUCAAAAUCUUGUUUAGUCAAAAAUCAUUUUUAAAAAUCCAUUGAGCAGAAUGAGGAAAAAUAUGUCUGUGUCAACUGAUCAGAUCAGAGAAUUAUGGGAGAGAAUAACUAGAUGUUUAAUACAUAAACCAUGUGAUCAUUUAUAUUACUGACCAUGCUGUAGAUGGGUAAAUUGUGGACCAAGUCCUAAGAAGAUUGGCAGCAGUCUUUGGGUUUAAGUGCCGUUACACCGCUGAAGUGUAAAUGAACUAAUUUACCUUCUCCUAUGCUAUAUAUUAAUCAUCAUCACCAUAGAGUCAUCAUAUAUCUGCAUUAUUCUUUGCCUUCUGAGCCCAGAGUACGUGCUUUAUGUAGUGCUUGAGUUAAUAUCAAAGAUUAAACAUGCAGUUUGUAAGUUGGAUGAUUAACCCCAGGCCUUCUGGGAAAGGAGAAUUUCUUUUACCACAGAAGUGCUUUGUGUUUUUGUUUUGGGAUUUUUUCAGAGGAAGCUGGACUUAUUGAUUCCUCUGAGCUUUCAAAUCUUAUAAACUGCAUCUUUAAAUUCUGAAGCAAUACGACCUUAAAGCUGGUGCUUUAUCUUUGUACUCAUGUCUUGAAUUCCUUAAACUGUGGAUGGACACAACAAGGUUUUGACCAGAAUUUGGCACCACAUGACCUCCAGACACAAAGACUGAAACAGACACAUCUUAGCCUUUUAUUUUCUACUUCUCAUAAGCUUUCUUCUGGGCAUUUCUUGCUCUGAAAUGCGUUUAUGAAAGCCAAGUUGGUGCCAAAUAACUUCAAGAAACUGUUGUGUGCGUUGUGGUGUGUAAUUUCCCAGCAUGGGACUGUCAUUUGAGUUGUACGUUUGAUGACUGUAGCCAGAAAUGAGGAGAACAAACAAUUGUGUAUUAAAUACCGGUAAUCUGGUGGUACUUUUCUAAAAACUGUGGAAAUGUGAAACUUUUAUUAUUUUACUAUUAUUAAUUACUAUUAUUAUUUCAGUGCCGGUUCUGACGUUCAGAUUUCAGAAGACCUUUCGCAAAGUUUCACCAGCUUUUCAAAGCAAACUUUCACAUGUUUUUGAUGUUUAGGUCUUUAAAUCCCUUUGAAAAAAUGUUGUUUCACAUUGCGCUGCUGACCUAAGAGCUCAAUCUCUACUCACCUGACAAAUAUAGUUUAUUAAAUGUAAAAUAUGAGACAUCAGAUUCAUGAUUUUACACAAUUUAUCUCUUAAAAACAUCUCUCUCUAUUCCUCCACCAACACUUCCUUCUUUCUGCCUUCUUUUUGCCACCAGAGAGUGCCUUAGAGUAGGACUGAAAGUAGAUUUGGAAGAAAAGCCAAAAAAGGUGUAUAGAAGCACAUAUAGUAGAUUUAGUGCAUGUUUGUGGUUCUUAACUCAAAGACCACAUUGGAAAACAGGGGUCGUAGAAAGGGCAAAGUUGGUACUGUCAAAUGUUUUUAAACUUUAGGCUCUCAUACCAUCACUAGGAUCAACCAUGUUCUGAAAUGCAAUUCCCAAAACUCAGACUAUUUUUGGAAAUCCAAACAAACUGGAUUUAUGUUGUAACUUGUCAGAAACCAUUCAAUAAAUUUCCCUUCAGUGUCAAGUAUGCAUGACUAAAACACAGAUAAAGAGAAGGUAAAACCUGUUAUUCUGAGGAGAGGAGCUGGUUGCAUCAGCUGUUCAUAAGUUCAAACUUACAGAUUUGUUCUAAAGUUUUUAUUGAGUUUUGCACAUCACUAAAUUAACAACUGUAUCUCUAGCUCGUCCUAACAUUAAUACUAUUAACUCUGAAACACAUUUUCCCAUGUAUGGAGAAAAACAAACAAACAUAUACCUACAUUUACAUACUUUACCCUUUAUGGCUCUAAAAAAGUUAUGCUAGCUUGUAAUGCUGCAGUGGACAGCACUGUAGAUGUUUCCUAACAACAGAGGUGCACGUUACUACAGUGAAUUUGUAAUAGUACAAUCUCAUUUAUUAAAUCACAAGUUUAAUACUAGCUAUAGUUUUUAGACCUUAGGAAAGACUUCAUGGUCAACUUUAGUAAUGGGUUUAUGAAUAGCUGGUGCAGCCCACUUGCCUUGCUAACCUCUCUAAAGCCUAGCUAACCUUUGUAAGGCUAACUAACCUCUGUACGGCUAGCUAACCUCUGUACGGCUAACUAACCUCUGUAAGGCUAGAUAACCUCUGUACGGCUAGCUAACCUCUGUAAGGCUUAGCUAACCUCUGUAAAGCUAGCUAAGCUCUGUACGGCUAGCUAACCUCUGUAAGGCUAGCUUCUGUUUAAGGGUUUAAUCCCACAGGACUUUUUGUUUCUGGCUUUUCUGUGAGCUGAAAUGUGUUUAUGAUUCAUGUUUUCUGUCCAUACUCUACCCUAAAUCGCACUGGGUGGUAAGUGCAGUAACAUAGAAAAAAAUAAAGAAACAAAAUAGAUGCAAAAGAAAGUUUAAGUUGAUGCUUUCCCCUUUGUCAAGACAUUUUUAAAACUCCUCUGUUCUCAUGUUUUUGGGGGAAAGUUGCAAUUUCUCAGAAACAUUCAUCAACAUUGUGGGUAAUUUAAUUUACAAACUCUUGUCCUAGCAUACUUGAUUAUGAAUCAUGGAUGGUGGAAAAUUCUUUUGGCACAAAACCUGUGAAAAGUGUUGGUUUAACUAAUGCACAGCUUUGUUAUCUGUAUAUUCCCAAUGCUCCAGAACAAUAUAGUAAAUAUAUGUGGUCUGCAUAUGUGAUGUUUAAUUGAGUGGUUUUCAGAGGUACAGGAAAAUGUUCAUGUGUAAUGACUGGAUGAAGGAUCAGCACAGGGAACUGAGCCUUCACUGUAAGUAGAUUAUUGAAGAUAUGUGUGUUUUUAUGAUGUAAAACUGAAGUGUAUUUAGAAAAUAUUGUUUUAUGAGGCACAGGUAAACAACAGUUUGGAGAGGUUUUGGACGUUUCACAGAAAACUGGCGACUGGCACUGAUGUUUUUACCUACAUUACAACGGUUAAAUGUGUUUAUACCAUUGUAACAGUUUGUACAUCAAAUACAACUUUCCCAUUGUUUAUUGUUGUAACAUCAUUGUAGGAAACACAUGGUUUGGAUGGACCGCACCAAGUGUAGACUUUUGAAAUGGACAGAAUUAGCACUACCAGUAACCAGAAAGAAACUGGUCUGGACUGGACUGGAGCCCAAAUCGGUGACUCUUCUGAGGAGAAGUGGGCGGAAAUCCAGAUCUAAAUAGUCCAAAUAUCCAAUAAAAGAUGUUUAUACAAAUGGAAA